CUACCUCUCCCUCUCCCUCUCCCUCUCGUUCUCCUAUCGCUUUCUGGUUUGGCUUCCCAAAAUGGCGAUCUCCAAUUGGAAAUCCAAGCACAAUGCUGCCGCCCGUCGCUUCUUCCUCCUUGCUAUCUGUAUCUUCGUUGCGGCUUUGCUUAUCCUUCUCCCUUCCACCACCACGGCGCCGAUGGUGGCCGGUACAGAGGAGAACGAUUCGUCGUCGUCGUCGUCGUCUAAGAGCUCAGAUCUGCAGUUCUCUGGCCUCCGUUUGGUGCGUAGAUCGGUCCUUUCCCUCGGGCCAGACCCCUUGCGUGCUCGGGCGGAACUGAUUCGGAAGCAAGUCGGUGAUCACGCGGUGGUCGCCUCCGCCUACGCCUCGUACGCGCGCCGUCUCAAGCUAGAUAGCUCGAAGCAUGCUCGGGUCUUUGCGCAGUUAGCUCGCAACCUCACCCUCCUCCUUGCCGCCCACCGCCCCCUUCUCGAUCCCGCCGCGCGGAUCGACGAGGAUUCUGUCCGGGGGUUCGAGCGUGGUGUUAAGGGACGCAUACGUUCCGCUCGCUUCCUCAUUGCCGACGCCAAGGACUUCUUCGACAAUCAACUCAAGAUUCAGAAGCUGAAAGAUACCAUCUUUGCCGUCAACGAACAGCUCUCGAAGGCCAAGAAGGCUGGUGCUUUCUCUUCCCUCAUAGCCGCAAAGUCCAUCCCCAAGAGCCUUCAUUGUCUCGCCAUGCGGCUCAUGGAGGAAAGAAUUGCCCAUCCCGAUCGAUACGUCGAUCCUUCUACCCCUCCGCCCGAGCUCGAAGAUCCCAAACUCUACCACUAUGCCAUCUUUUCGGACAAUGUCCUUGCAGCGUCUGUUGUUGUAAACUCUGCCGUUCACAAUGCUCGUGAGCCUUGGAAGCAUGUCUUUCAUGUUGUUACAGAUAGGAUGAACCUUGGGGCGAUGCAGGUCAUGUUUCGCUCAAAAGAUUAUUCCGGUGCCCACAUUGAAAUUGUUGCUUAUGAGGAUUACAAGUUCCUCAACUCUUCUUAUGUGCCCGUUCUCAGGCAGCUAGAAUCUGCGAACCUUCAACGGUUCUAUUUUGAGAACAAGCUAGAAAAUGCCACCAAGGACACUACCAACAUGAAGUUUAGGAACCCCAAGUACCUAUCUAUGCUGAACCAUUUGAGGUUUUACUUACCGGAGAUGUACCCAAAACUGCACAGAAUUCUGUUCUUGGAUGAUGAUAUUGUGGUACAACGGGAUCUCACGGCACUCUGGAAGAUUGAUAUGGAUGGGAAGGUGAAUGGAGCAGUUGAGACUUGCUUUGGGUCUUUUCACCGUUAUGCACAGUAUAUGAAUUUCUCACAUCCCCUGAUCAAGGAGAAGUUCGAUCCCAAGGCAUGUGGGUGGGCAUACGGGAUGAAUUUCUUUGAUCUUGAUGCGUGGAGGAAGGAGAAGUGCACCGAGCAAUAUCAUUACUGGCAGAAUCUUAAUGAAAAUCGAACACUAUGGAAACUAGGAACUCUUCCACCAGGCUUAAUCACUUACUACUCCACAACAAAACCCUUAGACAAGUCCUGGCAUGUGCUUGGACUAGGGUAUAAUCCAAGUAUAAGCAUGGAGGAGAUAAAUAAUGCUGCCGUCGUGCAUUUUAAUGGAAAUAUGAAACCUUGGCUUGAUAUUGCUAUGAAUCAAUUUCGACCUUUGUGGACAAAGUAUGUGGAUUAUGAUAUGGAAUUUGUACGCCAGUGCAAUCUCGCAGCAUGAAAAGGAGCACCUACAAACAAUCUUCUGUUGCAAACCAUAAAUGUAUGUGCAGAUUGUCACCCUGUGAUUGUCCAUAAGGCUUUGUUUCUCCAUCAUAAAUCCUCUGUUUUAGAUCUUUUAGAAUAAUAUUUUUGCGCAUCCAUCAACACCUGAUGAUGCUGAAAUCCUCUCUAUGUAAUGACCAGUCUAAUGUGUCACAAAGAUGUGGCAUGUGUUUAGCUAAAAUGGAAUCAUAUUUAGUUGCAUCC